UGCAGUGCAGAGGCUUGGCAGGACGACCCUAAGCUGUGUUUCUUUCUUCCGUGACAACUCGCGUUUGACGUGUGUGAAUGUGCCACGAACUCAGCGGCGGGCGCAGCUCUCGGUGGUGUAGAGAGCCGCCCCACGCCAGCUGAAGUCCGGCUUCUGCUUGCGCUGGGUGGGCUUUCUGUUGCUUCAAUCAAGGGAAUCCGAAGAAAAUCUGUGGUCUGAUGCACCAUCAGGAGGGGGAGGAAUGAAGUCGACCUCUUUGGAUUACGAAUGUAAGGAGUGAAAUGUAAAUUGACUCUGUCAGGCUGUCUCCUGCAAGUAACAAUGGUCUAAACACUCGUCUUCCACACCAGCAAAUCGCGUAGAAUCAAACUGUGACUCCACAAGUGGUCCAGCAGAUAAGGAAGGCAUUGUUGUGCGCCACCGCUGCUCUCCCCCAGCUGAAUGUGCCGCUGCAUUAACCGAGUCCGGUCGAUAGUUAUGUGAAGGAAUGGAAGUUCAGGAGGGACCGGAGUGUCCACGCUCCCAGAUCCUGAGGUAGAAGAAGCCGUGCGCCUGGAUCAGAUGGCUCGGCAGUGUCCCUGAGCGACAGCGACACAUUUCCUGAUUUCAGAUUGCAGGGCAUCUCAGAAAGGGGCACUUGAAAUAUGAGCUGCAGUUUGAAAGAUUAACCAGAGAGCUAGAGGCAGAGCGUCAGAUUGUCGCCAGCCAGUUGGAGCGAUGCAAACUGGGAUCCGACACGGGCAGCAUGAGCAGCAUUAGUUCGACAGAGGAUUCCUUUCGCUGGCACAUACAAGAUGCACAGAAAGGUGCGGACGAUGAAAUUGCCAGCGGCUUGGAGCUGGUAGACUCCUGCCUAAGGUCCCUGCAAGAAUCGGGUAUACUGGAUCAUCGCGAAUACUCUUCCAGUGAAGGGCCCAGUCUUCUCUCCCAGAGUGCCUCGCAGAUCAAUGCCAACCCAGAAGGCUCCUACCAGUACUCGGGCAGUUACCAUAGCAACCAGACUCUCUCCCGUGGCGACUCAGCUGCAUCGCAACUCUCUGGGAGGACCUCGAGUGGUCAGGUUGGAGCGGGUGUUGGCAUCCAUAGCUAUGGGCAGGUUAACCGACCUGGUGACAGCAGUCGUACAUCAGGAUCUGAAUCCUCCCCAUCUCACUCUGCACCGCAGUCAAGGGACACCUUUGUGCCGAGUCAUGGCAGUGCGUUCCGCCUGCCAGAAGCGCAGCAUCCAUCUUCUGUCUACUACGUCAGUGCCACACUGCCUGCUCAGAGAGUGAGCUCACCCAUGUCCCUACAGCGGACGGGUUCACCACCCAAGCUCCAGCGGGCAGGCUCAGCUGCCGAGAGUGGCGUCUACACCACCCAGCGCCUCGCCUCCCCCAAGCAGACGGCCUCUCCCAGCCGUCUGUCCAAGUCCUACAGCACCAGUUCACCAGUCAACAUUGCGGUGUCCUCAGCCGCCCUCUCCCCCUCGCCCCCAGCCAAUGCUGUGACCUCGCCUGCACACCAGCCUAGCUCGGCCCAGCCCAGCUACGCUACACUCUCGCCCACCAAGCGCCUCACCCACACGUCUGAUCCAUACAGCAAGCACCCGCAAGAGCUGUACGAACGGAGUACCUUACAGAGGCCUGGCAGCCUAGCAGCCAGUUCCCGGGCUUCUUACAGCAGCCAGCACAGCCACCUGGGCCCAGACCUGCGCCCGCUGCAGUCUCCAGAGCACCACAUUGACCCCAUAUACGAAGAUAGAGUUUAUCAAAAGCCCCCUUUGAGGAGUCUCAGUCAAAGUCAAGGAGACCCGCUGCAGACAUCUCUUACAGGGACUUAUCGCACGAGUACAGCCCCGUCCUCCCCUGCUGUUGACUCCGUACCCUUGCAGCGCACGGGCAGCCAGAACACAGCAACCUACCAGAGGCCCAGCUAUGCCACCGGCCCGGCAGCCAAUUACGGAGACCCUUACCGGACACUCCAGUAUUGUCCCUCAGUGGAAUCGCCAUACAGCAAGUCUGGGCCAGCCAUCCCACCCGAAGGCACCUUGGCACGGUCACCUUCCAUUGACAGCAUUCAGAAGGAUCCCAGAGUUCAGCAAAGCAGCAUACCCUGCAGGAAGUGGCGGUCAGGCCCAACCCAGCGUGCAGUACCUGAAACACCUGGGAACAGAUGUGGGAGAAGAUGGCACACAUUAAGGAAGCUGCCAAGGGAGUUUGGUUGGCGAGAUCCUGAGUUGCCGGAGGUCAUACAGAUGUUGCAACAUCAGUUCCCUUCAGUGCAGUCCAAUGCAGCAGCCUACCUGCAACACCUGUGCUUUGGAGACAAUAAGAUCAAGGCAGAGAUAAGAAGACAAGGUGGAAUCCAAUUGUUGGUAGACCUUUUGGACCAUCGGAUGCAAGAAGUUCAUCGCAGUGCCUGUGGAGCCCUGAGGAACCUGGUGUAUGGAAAGGCAAAUGAUGACAACAAAAUUGCCUUGAAAAACUGUGGUGGGAUCCCAGCACUGGUGCGACUCCUUCGAAAGACUCCUGACGUGGAGAUCAGGGAGCUGGUUACAGGUGUCCUCUGGAACCUGUCGUCCUGCGAUGCACUAAAGAUGCCUAUUAUCCAGGAUGCACUUGUUGUGCUCACCAAUGCAAUCAUCAUUCCACACUCUGGUUGGGACAUCUCACCUCACCAGGAAGACCGGAAAAUUCAACUCCAUACGUCAAUGGUUCUGCGGAAUGCCACUGGGUGCCUCAGGAACGUGAGUUCAGCUGGCGAGGAAGCCCGGAGAAGGAUGAGGGAAUGCGAUGGCCUUACUGAUGCUUUGCUGUUUGUGAUUCAGUCGGCUCUGGGGAGCAGUGAGAUUGACAGCAAGACGAUUGAGAAUUGUGUCUGUAUCCUGAGGAACCUUUCUUACCGGCUGGCAGCGGAGACGGCCCAGGGACAGCAGAUGGGGACAGACGAGUUUGAUGGUUUGCUGUGCAGUGACAGCAAUGGCAAGGAUAGUGAGAGCUCGAGUUGUUGGGGCAAGAAGAAGAAGAAAAAGAAGGGCCAGAACCAGUGGGAUGGUGUUGGACCUCUCCCAGAGGCAGCAGACCCACCAAAAGGUAUACAGCUCCUGUGGCAUCCCUCUAUAGUCAAGCCCUACCUCACACUUUUGUCAGAAUGCUCGAAUCCAGAUACUCUUGAAGGUGCGGCAGGAGCCUUACAGAACCUGGCCGCAGGGAGCUGGAAGUGGUCUAUUUACAUCCGUGCUGCGGUGCGCAAGGAGAAAGGUUUGCCCAUUCUUGUGGAGCUGCUGCGCAUAGACAAUGACCGGGUGGUUUGUGCUGUCGCCACCGCAUUACGGAAUAUGGCCUUGGACGUCAGAAACAAGGAACUCAUCGGGAAAUAUGCCAUGCGAGAUCUUGUUCACCGUCUUCCUGGAGGCAGCAGCAACACCGGUACUGGGACCAGCACCAUUAGCAAAACCAUAUCCGAUGAGACAAUUACUGCCAUUUGCUGUGCUUUGCAUGAAGUCAUUACCAAAAACAUGGAAAAUGCCAAGGCCUUGCGAGACUCUGGAGGAAUCGAGAAGCUUAUUGGCAUUGCCAAGAGUAAAGGAGACAAACACUCGCCCAAGGUGAUGAAGGCAGCGUCUCAGGUCCUGAACAGCAUGUGGCAAUAUCGCGAUCUGAGGAGUCUUUACAAGAAGGAUGGAUGGUCACAGUAUCAUUUUGUGGCCUCAUCUUCUACAAUAGAGCGGGACAGGCAGAGGCCCUACUCUUCCUCACGCACUCCCUCCAUAUCACCGGUCAGGAUGUCCCCGAACAAUCGCUCAGCGAGUGCCCCAGCUUCACCUCGAGAGAUGAUCAACUUAAAGGAAAGAAAAUCUGACUAUGACACAACUGGCACCAACUCUGGCUACCAUGGGAAUAAAGGAGAACAUACCUCCAGAAAAGAUACUGUUCCAGCUCAGCUCUCUGUAGUGGCUGGAUCAGGCUAUAGGAAUUCCUAUGCUACUCCCGUUGAGGCUAUCAAGCACAACCAGGUUUCAUCGCAACCUGUUGCACAGGAACCCAGUAGGAAAGACUAUGACACUUAUCAACCCUAUCAAAACUCUACGGGAAAUUACGAUGACUCUUUCUUUGAAGAUCAAGUGCACAGUCGCCCAGCAACCAGUGAAUACAACAUGCAUCUCGGCCUGAAGUCAACAGGCAAUUAUGUUGAUUUCUAUUCUGCCGCUCGUCCCUAUAGUGAGUUAAACUACGAGACAAGCCACUAUCCAGCCUCACCCGAUUCUUGGGUCUAAGCAGAGGUGGCAGAUACACAAGAAAAAACAAGACCCUGGGAACUGUGCAUGUGCAUGAAUAUCACAAGACAUUUUUCAGCAAGUCUUAGACUGUCAGAGGUCUGUUCCAUAGGACAGUCAUUGGGUAAAGUGUGAUAGAUGGUGGUCAGAUGGAUAAGUACCAAGAGAAAUGCAAGUGACAUUCAGCUCAUAUGAAGGAAAUGGAAGAUUUGCUCACCAGAGAGCAGGGGUUGGGGGUGUGGUGGGAUAGGACUAGAAGUUCCUGAUGUGUAU